CAAGGCACAAAAUUAAAGACAAUAAAGAGGAGUAAUUAAGAGAGAUUACGAAGAGGAAAGCAACCAUUCUUCUUCAUUAACAUCUCUCUUUUUCCUCUUCUUUAAUUCGAUCAUAAUGGAGAUGAAGAAGGUUGCUUGCGCCGCCGUCGUGUUCGCUGCCGCCUCAAUGAGCGCAGCCUUGGCUCAGGAGGCCGCCGCUCCUGCCCCCGACGCAGCCGCUUUUGGCCCCGCCGGUGCUGCCGGACCCGCCGCCGCCGCCGGUGCACCGACAAGCGGUGCUGCCGGUGCCUUGCCGGCUCUUGGGUCUUUGGUGGGUGCCUCCAUCGUCUCCUUCGUUGCCUUCUACUUGCAAUAAUUUGCUCUUCUUCUUUUCUCAUUUGUAAUUUGUUUUUAAUUGUUCAUGCAAUAUUGUUAUGAACACAUUUGAUUAAUGAAAUCUGUAUUCUGAUUUGAUUGCGCGAUAAACUGUAAAAGUGGGAAAAUUAAUGAUCAUGAAUAAGUAUAAUCAUUCUCUGGUAUGAUAGAUCAUUGUCACCCAGAAGCAAGGAUGAGGUUCGACUAAAAAAACUUCAUAUUACAGUCUAACUGGUAGGUAAUAUCUAGCAGUAUGAAAUUGUCGAACCAUAAUUUCAGCAUAAAAUAUCAUAUCACUGAAUUCUCCUGUAUACCCUCUUAUACGGUUUUACAAUCCUUGUCCUUGCCGUGAUCAGGUUGCAAUCUUUUGGGAUGCAAAACUUUGAUUACCAAUUGUCCAAAUGAGAAAUUGGAUGAAGACGACGUAUUACUACGUUAGUUAUCAUUAAUUGUAGUAAUUAAUUUUUUGAAAAUCAAAGUUGAGUGAUCGAUUUCACAUAUUUUUGAAAACAAAAAUUGUUUAGAAGUCGAGACAUUAAAAUGAGAGUCUCUAUUUGACUCUUAUGUUAAUUUCUAUACCUUCAUAUUAAUCAGGAAAUAAUCCAACCAAAAUAUCGAAUGGAGCCACAACGGACAUUUAAAAUAGGAUAUGUUCAUCAAGAAGUAAAAGAUGUCAUGAAUAAGAUGAUUUGCCCAAAGUUAAUCUCUAAAUAAACAAACAUGCUCAACUCGAACCGUCCAAUCAAAUGAAUAUACAUGUCUAAU